UUUACCGCCAUGUGCUAAGAAUAGUGUUAAAUUAGUGGAGUUGACAGAAACGGGCUCGCUACGAGCACAGGUUGUAACACUGCGACACUUCAGGGCGGACGGGUCGCGCGGAUUGUGUACAGUUGAAAGCGCGUCGUGGAGACGGAAGGCUACUUGGCGACAAAGCAACCGAGAAACAUGCGGUGAGCUGGCGGACCACCUCAUAACCAGGACCAGUCCGACGUUUUAGGGAAAUAGUUUCUGCGGACAGCGAAUGCCCGAAGCAGGGGUGUGUGUGUGUGAGGAUGAGCAGCACGUUUGUGACUCUGGCGGAGGUGCUGGAGGCCCGGGGGUCUCCUCUGGGGGAGGACGAGGUCUGGAGCCUCCUACUGGGCACCGCAGAGGCCCUGGUGGACCUCAGCUAUAAAGGUCAGACUAACAUCUGUAACAUCAUCACCCCUGGUUCCCUGUUGCUAUCGGCGACAGGCACACUGGCCUUUAAGAGCUGCAUCCAAUCAGAAGAGACUUCUCCGUUCACUGCCCCUGAGAUGCUGCAGGGCCGACCAAUCAGCACCAAGCUUGCCAUGGAGAAGGUGGCUGUGUAUUCAUUGGGAAUGACUCUGUACUGGUGUGUUGACUAUCGACUUCCUCAGAACCAGCCGGUGCAGCUGAGUGACGCUCUGAACGUGUUGCUACUGAGCAUGUGCGAAGACGUGGCCCACCGGAGGCGGAGCCUCAGCGCCAUUCUGGAGUCGUGUGAGGAGCAGCAGAAAGCCACGCCCCUUCCCCCACCCAACAGGGUCAUCCGUCAGCUGGUGGAACACCUGCUCAACAACACCGCUGACAGCUCAACUAUUUCUGAUCCUGUGGUUCCACUGAGUGGAAGGAGUCAAAUGGUUCGGGAGAGACUACACGGUAAGCGCAGUGCGUACUUUGGCUACCCAGAGGGGAAUGGAGCGUCAGGGCAGAGGCGAAGACUCUCCUCAGAUUCUGAGCUCCACAAAGGUGGAUCGAGUCAGCAGAAGCAGUGGGCACAGAAGAGGCGGAGUUCACCCCCCCAAUCCUUCCAGACGCUGCCCAAUCGGCUACAGCGAGGGCUGCAGCAGAGAGGCAGCAGCAGUAGCAGCUGGUUGUCACGGAGUCCGUACCUUAGCGAUGCAGGUCCUCCACUCAGUCCACCCAUCAGCCUGAGCGACUCUAGCGCUAGCCUCACCCAGCGCAAGGCCAAGACGCUGGGGCCUGAGUUUGUAAGAAUGGGCGAUGAGCCUCCCAUCACUCUAGAGCUGCCAGGAUCUAUUGUGUCAAAGAAAGGGAAGUCAUGUGCGUCUCAGCGGGAGGUCAGUGUGUUCCUGCCCAAUGACCAGUGUCUUCUGGUGCGCUGUGACAUCAAGUCCCGCGGCCGAGACGUCUUUGACAUGGUGGUGGCGCACGCCAACCUGGUAGAGCACUUCUACUUCGGCCUCGCCUUCAUCGACGAUGAUGAGUUUUUUUUCCUGGAGCCUGAGCUGAAGAUUUCUAAAGUGGCUCCUGACGUCUGGAAGAAACAGCCUGGAUGCAGCUUCACACUAUACCUGAGGGUCAAGUUCUUCGUCGAUGAUGUGUCCUUUAUCCAGCACAGACUGACUCGGCACCAGUUCUACCUGCAACUGAGAAAGGACCUUGUGGAGGAUAGACUGCACUGCAACGAGGACACCGCCCUCUACCUGGCAGCCCUGGCACUGCAGGCAGAGUUUGGAGACUACAUGCAUGAGGUGUAUGGCAGGACCUACUUCCAGCUGGAGCAGUAUGUGUCUAAGAGGGUUGUGGAGAAGAUGGCGCUGCCAUGCGUGCGGGAGGAGCUUCCCCGCCUGCACACCAACAACACACACAUGCUGCCUGAGGAAGCAGAAAUGGAGUUCCUGAAGCUGAUGCAGCAGUUGCCUGAGUACGGGGUGCUGUUCCACCGUGUGGGGCGUGAGCGUGACAAACGUCCAAUAGGGAGCGACCUUCUGCUGGGCGUCAGCUCCAAAGGCGUCAGCGUCUACGAGCUGCGCAACAACAACCGCUACAUGAGCCGCUGCUUCCACUGGAAUGAGACCGACAGCAUCUCUACAGGACGGCGUAAGUUGACCAUUGAGUGUGGUCCGAGCGGGAAGAAGCACUCGUUCCAGACGGAGAGCAGCCGCAUCGCCCAGUACCUGCUCAACCUCUGCUCCGCACAGCACAAGUUCCACAGCGAGAUGACCUCCCGUCAGCUCACACACACACUCACCACAGAUGAGAACCUGGAGAAGUACCUGGCAGUGUGUCGCUCUCAGCACGCCCAGAUGAAGCGCUUGUCCUGCUCGGAGAUCGUCCUCAACAACGUGGGCCUCUCCGCCGCGUUGCCUAGCGACAGCAUCAGCAAGUCAUGUGACGACCUGUCGGCCAAGGUGGAGGCUCGCCAGAGGAAACAGAGAGAACUGCAGGACAUCUGCGAGAUGAGAGAGCCUCUACUGAGCAACAGGGUCAGCACCCCUGAGCCCAUCCACAGGAUCAUGUCCAGUAUGUCUUUGCAGAAGCAGGACUCAGAGGUUUAUUCAGGAUCCUCCUCUAUUCGUGACACCCCAACACGCACGCCUCCGGAGAGGGAGAUCAUCUGUGUCACCCUGAAGAAAGACCCCACACUUGGCUAUGGGUUUGUAAUAGUGGGGGAGGACAAUACUGGGAAGCUGGAUUUAGGCAUCUUCAUCGCCACUAUAGUUCCUGAUGGACCUGCUGACAAAGACGGCCGAAUCAGAGCUGGUGGCCGUUUGAUCUCUCUGAAUAAGAUCAGUCUAGAGGGAGUGAGUUUCACUGCAGCCGCUGCCAUCCUGCAGAACAGCCCAGAGGAGGUGGAGCUCAUCGUCUCGCAGCCCAAUCAGAACCUCCAGGAGAGUAAGCCAUCCCAGAUGGGAGGUGCUGGAGGCUAUGGCCUAAUGCUGGAGCGCAGCUACGACUCCCAGACCACCCUGAGCAGCGAGUACCGGCCCGCAGUGGAGGAGCUGGAGGAGGCGCUGACCACUCUGCUGACCCCCAAAGCAGGCCGGCGCCUCAACGUGCCCGUAGUGCGCAUACUGGACACACAGGAUAACUGGUCCAGGUGCUCCUCCAUGUCUAGUUUGCGGGGGCCCGAGACUCUGUUUGUCGAGCUGAGGAAGAUCAACGGCAGUCUGGGCAUCAGUGUAGCAGGUGGUGUGAACACCAGUGUGCGUAACGGCGGCAUUUACAUCAAGAGCCUGGUGAUGGGGGGAGCAGCUGACCUGGAUGGAAAAAUACAGAUAGGUGACCGGUUGGUGGAGGUAGAUGGCACCAAUCUGAGGAGAGUGACCCAUCGCCAGGCUGUGGAGUGUUUGAAGAGGACAGGAGAGGUUGUGACCCUGCUGCUGGAGCGGGAGCAGCAGGUUGUCUUGGAUACGUCCACCCCAUCCUCCACUCUGGAGCGACAGGUGUCUCCAUCGCUAAGCAGCAGCUCUUCUGCAUCGUUUCGCCGAGAUGUCACCAUGGAAACCACCUCCAGCGUCAGGCCCAAGGACUACAACUUUGUGUCUGAUGAGAGUACUCUGGAGGUGUCGUUGAGGCGGAGUGUGAGUGGACUGGGCUUCAGCUUCAUGGUGUGUGACGUGUCGUCCCCACCAGGCCGUGCAGGGGGCAGUGUCGUGCGCAUCAAGCGUCUGUUUCCAGGGCAACCGGCCGAUGAGAGCGGGCUGCUGCGGGCGGGCGAUGUCAUCCUGGCCGUCAACGGCCAAUCACUGAAGGGCGUUCCCUACCAGAAAGUUCUUCUGAUGCUCAGAGGAGCUGCCGAUGAGGUGCGACUCACCAUUUGCAGACCUCCACCAGGCGUCCUGCCUGAUAUGGACACAUACUCUCUGAGUCCAGGCCCCUCGCCCAUGCGGGAGAUGCGCUCCAUGUCCCUGGACCUGCGCAUGAGGGACCUGUCCAUGGACUUCCACCGGCUGCUGCAGCUGAAGGCCGAGGAGCAGCGCCAGGACAAGGUCUGGCUCCUGCAGCGGCUGGAACGUCUGGAGGAGAAGGAGCGCACGGUGGAGAGGGAGAGAGAGAGGGAGGAGAAGGAGAAGGAGAAAAGAGAGGGGGAGGAGAGAGAGAGGGAGAGAAGAGAGAGGGAGGAGAGAGAGAGGGAGAGAAGAGAGAGGGAGGAGAGAGAGAGGGAACGCAGUGAGUGGGAGGGGAAGAAGAGGGGGAGUUUGGCGAGGGUGGAGGAGGCGCAUGUGGAGCACGAGGAGGCGGAAGGAGACGCAGACGAGUCGCCUCCCUCCACACCCUCCCCCCCCACCAGCAGCUCCGGCAGCGAGCCCAGCGACACGCCCACACAUGCCCUCAACAUUCCGCAGGGGCUUCCCAUUGGCUCCUUGAAGAAGGAUGCGGGGCCAAGCAGCACGCCCACAAAACAGGAACUUCCCAUUGGCUCGUCCAAGAGGGAGGUGGAGCCUAGCGGCAGUCCCACGCAUGAGGCGCAAACUGUGACGGAGUCUGCUGUGAAAGCGGCAGCAGCAGCAGCAUCAGCAUCAGCGGUAACUAUGGCAACAGACUCCUCCCUGUCACAGGAGGAUGCUGUCAGCAGUUCCCUCAAGAAGCAGAACGAAAGCACAACAUUUCCCAGUGGUGUGAGGCAGCAGGUGAAUGGCUCCACCACGUUCUGUAUGGUGUCCAACGGUUUGGCUUUCCUGGCCGACGAGGAGUACCUGUCAAUCAGCUCCAUCACAGACUCCACCCCUGAUUCAGGCUCCACACACACACACACUCACACACAUACACAGCCCUCCUUGUACACACACGCACACACACCUGUAGCACCUGUUCCCCUCACGCUCACACACACUCCUGCCACGUCUACAGUCACACACACUCCUGUUCCUUACGCACUGUCACACACCAUGGCCGCCUCCACAGUCACACACACACACACUCCUGCUGCUGCAGCACACACACCUCCCUCAGAGCUCACAGCUCACAGUCCUACACACACACCACAUAUUCCAAGUCCCAACAAACUCAGCUGGACAGAUGAGGAAGAGGAGGAAGAAGAUCCUAACAGGGAAGUGCUAAAGGAGUUUGAGCUGACGGUGACCUUGACCAAGUCGUGGAGCGGUAGUUUCGGGUUCACCAUCACGCGCAGUAAGCUGGACGGUUGCUACUACAUCCAGGAAGUGCUGGACAACCCUGCCCGCUCCGACGGACGACUCAGAGCCGGAGACAGACUCAUCAUAGUGAAUGGCCAUAACGUAACCUCAGUGACGGACGACAUGGCCAUGAGCAUCCUGCGCUCGUCGUCACGGAAACUGGUGAUGGUUAUAGGCCGGGCUGUCCAGAACCUCGUAGCCCCACCCUCUGCAGACAGCCUACCUGACAUCACCCUACACAAGACACUCAGCGGACAACUAGGCAUCAAGCUGACGGGAGGCAUCGGUAGCCGCUGGCAGGGCAUCUACGUGCUGGAGGUGGUGCCCAGCUCACCGGCCAGUGAAGAGGGAAGUCUGCAGCCGCAGGACAAGAUCCUGUACAUCAGCGGCAGGUGCACCCUGGGAAUGACCCUGGAGGACGCCGUCAAGGCCUGUGAGAACGCCACGCGCAAGGUCAAACUCAAGGCCCUCAGAGAGGAUCAACCUGUGACACCAAAGGCAAAGUGGAAUGGUCUGUUUGACUGGAAGAAGGAGAGGAGGUUUUUUCCUCGCUUUGAGGAGCCCUACUCACCUGAACCUGAGGAAUUCACUGAGGAAGUGCGUUUCCGACCGCAGCCAUCAAUCCCCUCUCAACCAGAGGAGAGUUGUAUUCUGCAGGUGGAGUUCUCCAAGCCCGAGGGCAGUGGGCUGGGCUUUGCCCUGAUGGGCGGAGCUAACGGGAGCGCGCUCAGAGUGAAGGAGAUCUGCAGUGGGGGCGCGGCUCAGCAGGACGGACGGCUGAGAGUGGGAGACAUACUGCUAGAGGUGAAUGGUGUGAUAGUGUCGGGUCUGAGUCACAGUAAGGUGGUUGACAUCCUGAGGACAGCAGAGGGCGUGGUCCAGCUCACCGUCUGCAGAGACUUCCUGUCUAUGGCUCCUCCCACUGAGCAGUGUUAUGGUCCGCCCCCAACAACUACAGAUGGGAAUGAGUCGACUCCACUGGCAGAUCAGAAAGAGGAUCCACCAGAAAUGUCCCCCAUAUACUCACAGGAGGACAACAGUAGCACUCCCCCUCCUCAGAGCUGUUGUCCAUCAGUACGAGAUCUGCUUCCAGACAGCCCCAAGGAGCUUCCAUCCGCCUGGAGCAGCGAGGAAGAGGAGGAGGAGGAGGAAGAAGAAGGGUUCGUCCAGCCCUCAACAUUCAACAUACUGCCCCCUACAGGUCGCCCCAUCGUGUCGGAGGAAGAGCUGUCCACCCUGGCCAUCAUCAGUCCCUCUAAUACGGGAUGCUACUCGGGGUCAAGGGUCAAAACUCUUAUCCAGAUCCUGCAGCAUCAGGACCAGCAGGAACUCAUCAAAGAGUUUCUGGCUCUGGAGCAUAUGAAGCCGUCUGAUAACUGUCUGGUUGGGAAAGCUCCAGAAAACCGUCAGAAGAACCGCUACAGAGACAUCCUACCCUAUGAUAAGACGCGUGUGCCCUUGGGGAAGCAGCAGGAGUACAUCAAUGCCAGCUACAUCCGCAUGCAGGUGGGUCUGGAGGAGUUCUUUUACAUCUCGUGCCAGGCCCCGUUGCCCUCUACAGUAGAAGCCUUCUGGCAAAUGAUCUGGGAGAAUCGCUCCGACGUCAUCGCCAUGGCGACACAGGAGGUGGAGCGCGGGCGGGUCAAGUGCCACAAGUACUGGCCUGACCGCUUAGACGUUCCCAUGGAAACGGAUCGCUACCAGCUGAUCCUAGACAACUACCAGCAGCUGGACUUCUUCCACAUCAACAUAAUCAAGAUGGUGGAGAAAGAGAGUGGUAGCUGUCACUGGGUGAAGCAGCUGUGUGUGCGUCGCUGGCCUGACCACGGGCCACCGGGCUCGUCCGAGCAGCUGGUCCGGUUCCUGCGCUACAUGCGCGCGGUCCACAGCCGCGGGCCCGUCACCGUCCACUGCAGCGCUGGGAUCGGACGCACCGGUGUCCUCAUCUGCACCGACGCCAUCAUCAGCCUCAUACAGAACGACCUCGCCAUCAGUGUGAGUGACAUUGUCAAGGACAUGCGUACUCAGCGCUACGGCAUGAUUCAGACCAAGGAACAGUACCUCUUCUGUUAUAAAGUCUGGCUGGAUGUCCUCCAGGGGAUCUUACAGCUUCACGGUAACCAAUGGCAACCUGAGGCAUCAGUCUGACUUCCCUGUUCUGCAGCAGACGGAGAGACAAGAGGCGUGUCUACAGGAAAGGCUCAUCGAUAAGGGGUGGAGCACUGAAAGGAGGAGGGGUUUCCCAAUCGCACCACUCCACUCCGCCACUAAAGCCCUUUAUUUGUGGCGGCCAUCUUGAAAUCACUGGAACAUGAGACAGCACAUGACCUGUAGCACGUAGCAAGCUCGUACUGUACCGUGACUGAUCAAGCACACAGAGAAUUGACUGGAUUAUCGAUUUUAGCUCCUAGAACUUAUUGUAGCGAAGCCAGCUAAGUUUUGCCAAAGCUGAUCAUAUAAUAUACACACACACAUAUAUAUAUA